CAAGCUCUAGGGCAUGAUGGCAAACCGACCGGCUGCAAUGGCCCUCUUGACUGCUUUAUGUCUGAUCCCAGUUGCCCGUGCUAGACACAAUCAACCUCCACACAUCUUUCUCGUUCUGGUCGAUGACUGGGGAUGGGCAAACGUCGGUUACCACCGAGACGAACCUACAGACGAAGUCGUCACCCCAAACAUCGACAGGCUGUGCAAAGAAGAAGGAAUCGAGCUCAACAACUUCUAUGCUCACGCCGUCUGCGGCCCCUCCCGGGCCUCCCUCCUCAGCGGCCGCUUCCCCAUCCACGUCAGCGUCGACAACGGCGACGUGACGAUGAACGACCCGAGCAACAAGGUCGACGGCUACGCCGGCAUCUCUCCGCCGAUGACGAGCAUGGCGGAGAAGCUCAAAACGGCCGGAUAUGCCACACAUCAGAUAGGAAAGUGGGACGCCGGUAUGGUGGUGCCCCAACAGAUACCCGCAGGAAAGGGAUUCGACAGCAGCUACGGAUUUUUCCACCACGGGGGUGACUACCGCACCUACAAGACAAGCCACUGUCCGGACAUGAACAUAACGGGCGGUCAGUUGCGAGACUUCUGGGACACGGACGGUCCUGCUGACGUUGAUGUUGACAAGGAAAUCUAUGUGGAGAAGUUGUACACGGCCAAGAUGCUCGAUAUUAUUAGCAACCACGACGCGCAGACGCCGCUGUUUUUAUACUACGCGCCGCAUCUCGUUCAUACGCCGUUGGACGUGCCGCUGAAGUAUCUUGCAAAGUUCCAUUUUAUUGAUAACGAACACCGUCGCAUCUACGCCGGAAUGGUCAACUAUCUGGACGACAUCAUCGGAACGGUAACCGACGCCUUGAAGAAUCAUAAUCUUUGGGAUGACACGCUCAUGAUUAUGAUGUCGGACAACGGAGGUCCCAUCUAUUCCGGAGGUGGGGCGACCAACUAUCCUCUAAGGGGAGGGAAAAGGAGCAACUUCCAGGGCGGAGUUCGAGUCAAUGCUUUCGCUUCUGGUGGCAUCUUGCCUUCGAGUACUCAUGGGAAGACAAAAAAUGGACUGAUGGCGUUGUGUGAUCUCUACACGACGUUCUGCUCGCUGGCCAACGUUUCUCACGUCGACGAGCGAUCAAGCUCCUUAGGCCUUCCAGAGGUCGACGGCGUGGACAUGUCUGAGUAUCUGCUGGACGAAACGGACGAGGUGCAAUCGCCUAGAGACGAAGUCUACCUCGGACAACACAUCAAGGACGGAGUGAAUCAAACAGAAGGCAUCGGAUCGGGCAUAAUCUACAAGAACUGGAAGUACAUCCAUGGACAAGUUCUGUACGGAACGUGGAGUGGACCGUUCUCUCCCAACGACACAUCAUCGAUCCCGUCCAACGUCGAUCCUCACGACUGCCCCGAAAGUGGCUGCCUCUUCGAUCUGCUCGAAGAUGAAACGGAACACAAUGAUCUCUCAGACAGUUCAGAACAUGCUCACGUGUUGAAAUUCAUGCAAGUAAAAUGGGCACACAUGAUGUCAACCAUGUAUUUGCCAAAUCGUGGAGAGGCAGAUCCGCUUGCCUGCGAGGUGGGAAGAGACCACUAUCACGGAUUUUACGGUCCGUUCAGGGGUAUUGGGACAGAACUGUAAUGUUUUGUCUCUCGCAAUUAAUUAAGUUGCAAGCUAAUUGAUCGAGAGAAGGACAGGGACUGCAUGAGAGCUUUGCUGAAAUGUUGCGUGUCUGUUGUGUUGCGCUGAGCGCGUUGUCCGUCAAACUGUGAGAAACUGCAUGUUCGUAGAGAAAUGUAAGUCAAAGUUUACUUGAAAUGAAUAAUCUGUUGAGCAUAUGAAA